AUGUCGCAAGCCUACGAGCGCGAACAACAGAACAAUUCACGCCUCGAUGAACUCGCCUCGAAAGUAUCUGCUCUGCGGGGCGUAACGAUAGAUAUCUACGACAAUGCGCGCGAUCAACAUGUCAUCGACAGCACGUCCAACAAGAAGCACGCGCUUCACGGAAUUCCAGCCCAACAUGUCCCUACAAUACCCCCUCAUCUUUCCCAAUCGUGGUACCAACAGGACGACUCCGUCACAACCUAA